CAACGGCGGCGUCUUGAAUGAGCCAAUCACAGAAGAGCUGUGUGGGAUUUAAAUCGUGUGGCGUUACAUCCACGAAAUUCAAAUCUCACAAAGAGAGGAGAGAAACGCGAGUCAUUCUUUUAAACGAGAGGUCCACGUUUUCUUCAGGAGGAGACGUCUGUGAAAACCUGGAUAAGAUGGCACAGUUUGGGUUUGAGAAUGACAUCCACAGCAUCCUGAAGCUCGACAUGCCGAUCACAAACGCUCCCAUGGCGAGGUGGCAGAGAAAGGCCAGUUCAUCAAACACCGCCGGCCUGAGCAGUUUGUCGCCUGGGAAAUCUGCUAAUGUGUCGCUAAGUUCAUCCAAAACUCCAACCAAAACACCAGGUAAAGGCAAGAAAACGCCUUCGAAGAUGGGAGGCGAUCGCUUCAUUCCCAUUAGGAGUAACAAACAGAUGGACGUGGCAAACUUCCUGAUUACGAAAGAAAAUGAACCAGUCGAUGCGAACACCUCUGUCUCAUCAGAAAGCCAGAAAUUUUGGUCCGUCACACUGAAUGGAUACAACAUUGAAGAUGCGAAGAUCCUGCACCUUGGGGGGAAGCCACUGAAUGCACCAGAAGGCUAUCAAAACAACUUGAAAGUCCUCUACAGUCAGGCUAUGACUCCUGCAUCUCUCAAAAAGAACAGAUACAUAUCUUCAUCUCCUGACAGAAUCUUGGAUGCUCCUGAUCUUCGAAACGAUUUUUAUUUAAAUCUGCUUGACUGGAGCAGUCGAAAUAUUCUUGCUGUGGCACUUAACAACAAUGUGUACCUAUGGGACGCCGCCCAAGGAGAUAUCCAUCUUCUUAUGAAGAUGGAGCGUGAGGAGGACUAUAUCAGCUCAUUGUCCUGGACUAAAGAGGGAAACUACCUGGCUGUUGGCACCAGUGACUGCAAGGUUCAGCUGUGGGAUGUUGAAAAUCAGAAGCGCCUGCGCAGCAUGUCUAGCCACACAGCUAGGAUUGGUGUUCUGAGUUGGAAUGACCAUAUUCUUUCCAGUGGCUCCAGAUCAGGACAGAUCCACCACCAUGAUGUGAGGGUGGCAGACCAUCAUAUUUCUACACUUGCUGGUCAUUCACAGGAAGUGUGUGGUCUCAAGUGGUCACCUGAUGGGCGAUACCUGGCCAGUGGCGGCAAUGACAACUUAGUGUGUUUAUGGCCUCGUGUGCAGGAGGGAAGUUCUAACAGAGAUGGUCAGUUAAUCCGCUGCUUGAAUGAACAUCAGGGAGCUGUAAAGGCUUUGGCCUGGUGUCCAUGGCAGUCAAACAUCCUUGCCUCUGGCGGCGGCACUAGUGACCGUCACAUUCGCACCUGGAAUGUUAACACAGGCUCCUGCAUCAGUUCACUUGACACUCAGUCCCAGAUCUCAUCGCUUUUGUUUGCACCCAACUAUAAAGAAUUGGUCUCUGCACAUGGGUAUGCCCACAACAAUGUUGUCAUUUGGAAGUAUCCCUCUCUUACCAAGGUUGCAGAACUUAAUGGCCAUGAUGGCAGAGUUCUCAAUUUGAUUUUGAGCCCAGACAAUACAACUGUAGCAACUGUUGCUGGAGAUGAAACCAUCCGUCUCUGGAAAUCCUUUGAAAUGGAUCCUGCAACGAAGAAGUCUAAAGAGCGGUUGGUCAAAUCAGCUAGCAGUGUCAUUCAUCAAUCCAUCAGAUAGUUUCCCUUGUCUCUAUCUUUUAUUUUUGAGAUGUUUUGGUUAUGUGAGAAAAUUGUAUUUAAACCGUAAUAAAAAUUACCACCCAGUUCUUGCUACGGUUGGAAAUUUUAUGAGUGUUUAGUCUCAAUUGUUUAGAGACAUGUUUGGUGGUUUUUUUUUUUUUAAUUUAAUUUAAAUUUUUUUUUAGCUAAUGUUUUCAGAGAGCAAUGGAUUUUAUUAGCAUAUGCAUUGUAAUCAUUUAACCAGGCUUUUAAUAAAUCAUGUUUAUCAAA